GCGGGAGCCGGCGGGAGGGGGAGGGCGCUGAGGGGCUGCCUGGUGCGCGUCGGCCGCCGCGCUCCGUCUGCGCUGGGGACGCGCUUGAGGCGGCCGCGGCGAGUCUGUGUGAAGUGCCCCAUUCCCUCUGCCCAAAUCUCUUCCUCUGAAGCGGUCACCAGCGUGUGGAGCCUGCCCCACACCCAUCACCUGCCAAACCACGGCCUUUACCUGUGUCUUCCGGUGUUUCCCGUGCGACCCGUCCUGCGGGAGUGCCUCCUGGGCCACCCCAGAGUUCACGCAGCGCUCAGUGGCUCCAAUGGUGAAGAUGACAAGGUCCAAGACUUUCCAGGCAUAUCUGCCUUCGUGCCACAGGACCUAUAGCUGCAUUCACUGCAGGGCUCAUCUUGCCAACCACGAUGAGCUCAUUUCCAAGUCCUUUCAAGGAAGCCAAGGACGAGCAUACCUCUUCAAUUCAGUAGUUAACGUGGGUUGUGGCCCUGCAGAGGAGCGGGUGUUACUAACGGGAUUACAUGCGGUUGCAGAUAUUUACUGUGAAAACUGCAAAACCACACUGGGUUGGAAAUAUGAACACGCUUUUGAAAGCAGCCAGAAGUAUAAAGAAGGCAAAUACAUCAUUGAACUAGCUCACAUGAUCAAGGAUAAUGGCUGGGAUUGAAUGGGAAGAGCCCAGCCCUACCAGCGUGUAAGAGAAUGCCAUCCAACCGAACAUUAUAUCCAAGAGUGAGAGAGUGACUGAACGCUUGGUUCCAUGCAUUUAGAGGCUCUGCAGUUUGGGAGCGUCUUCACACCCUUCUCCAUCUUUAUUGGUGACUGGCCUCUAAAUUUCUGUCUCUCUGUCUCUUUGCUUUGUAUCUGUUUGUGAGUUGACCCUGGCUGCUUCUCUCUCUGUUCUGGCGUUGGCUAACAGAAUGCACCGAAUGCCCAACAGCCAUUCCAUGUUGACGAGUGUUUGAGUACAAACUGAAGUUGGCUCUGUGGUGGCAUUUUAUCAGAAGGUCUCGGUGCGAGAGGAAGACCUGAGUUUUGGGCAGGAGAAGGUGAUAGGGGGUGGGGAAUGGGCCUAAAGGGAAGUCGUCAGAAGUUGAAGCUGUACUUCUCCUUUAAGUCCUGGUUAAACGAGGCUUGAAACUAUCUACUUGUCUAAAUGGACAGAAAAAUACCUCACGGCUGCGUUCUCUCCAGGUGAUAAAACCGCUGCUCCAUCGGUGGAGCUUCAGUCCACGGUGGCUGAGCACAAGUCAUGAGCAGUUCCCCCCGCGAGCUGAUCACAAAUCUGUGUUUUGUUUGCCAUUUAUGAACUUGUCUUCUUGGGGGGAGGACGUGAAGGCUGGAGAGAUUCCCUGCCUCCCAUUUCUCUCGCUGGUUCAGGGUAGGUAGGCCAAACAUCCCAACAGAACACAGCUGUGGGGAGCGUCCUCACUGCUGGAGAAACCAAAUCCUGACUCUUGACCCUUCAGAGAGGACGAGAAAACCACUUAAGGCACAAGGGGGUGGAGCUGCAGCUUAGAAGGUAUGACGGGGGGAAAACCAGCAUGUGUUAGGCAAGAAAGGGGAAAUCACGUAGAGGAGGAUGGGGACAAACUUAGUGACACAGGGUACUUUUUGAUUUCCUGGCCUCCACUGAGCAUCCCUGGGGGUCUUUUACCAAUCCUUCAUGAGUGCAAGUGGGAAAACGCUGUUACAGAAUCUGUAUCUUAAAUCCCAGGCCACAGCCAUCAGCUCCACUCUUGGAGCCUGUUAAAGAACUGGUGUGAGUGUGGGGAGAGGAGGGAGCAGAGGGGCCUGGUGGCUGCAGCCGUGUUGCACAGGUGGAUAUUUCAAGCCAUGAGGUAUCCUCCCCAAAACCUUCCUCCCUUUUCCCACUCCCAGAAGCCUGUUGCAGGCACAGUGGGAAUGGGAAAGAAGAAAAGAAAUUCAACCCCUGGAAUUGUCUAUGCCUUGGAAGUCAAAGGGAAGGGGUAAAUGUGGGCAUCACAAAUGCAAGGGGCAAGUCCUUCCCGUUUUAAUGUUUUCAUUUUAAUUACUGUGGACCUUCCCGAGGUGGUCAGUGGGGAAGGGGCAGUGUGUGUGUGAGAGGGGAGCUGUGUUAAGACAUAAAUGACAAUGUGAAGUUUGCUCUGCAACAGUCCAGCCAGUAUCUGGUGCAUAACUAAAGACUAUUUAACUGCGUUAGUUUUGUCUCUCUGAGUGAAUUUUCUUUUUGUUGGUAGAAUUUUUUCAAGUAGGUUAAUCCAUUGGGGGAAAUCUUUCUUAAUCCAGAAGGAAAGAGUAUUGUGCAGGGGUGCGUAACUCCUUAUGAAACUGAAGCUUUGGAGCUGUAAUCUGUUCCCACUUGCCCCCACCCCAGGAGGCUCUCAGUUGGCUGGGGGCAGCAGGAUGGAGGGCUGGUGCUGAGAAGGUAAUUUGCUGUUAAAUGACGGGGAUGUGAGCAGAGAUGCUGCCUGGGGAUCAGGGUGGAACUUAAGUGUUGGGUCUUUGUGCUGAAGCCCAAACCUGGUGGCCCAUGUAAGCAAAGACCAGUUUUUCUCUUGAACCACUUUCUUUCCAGCCUUGGAGAGAGAAGUGAGAUGGAAGCUGGCCACGGCUCCUGCAGGGGAUGGGCUUUGCUCAGAUGUGGCUAGUCUGUUAGGAGGUGGCUUCUGCCUUCACCCUUUCUGCUGGGGCUGUGUAACAGUCGCUUCAGCUUUUGUUUCUGAUGGUCUCUGCUUCCAUCAUCCACACUGUCUUCAGUGAUAAAAAUCUAAUAGCAGUCAACAAUUCUGCAGUACCCUCGAUCUUGUUGACUUUGGCACUGACCUGGUCCCAUUGUCCUGUCCUUUGGUUGGUGAUCCAGGACAAUCUAUUGGGGUCUGACUAGUGGGAAGUCAUCUGUGUUCUGUGAAGGUCUCUUCAGGUCUCCCCAGAUAAGUAGCCUUCAAACAGGUCUGGUUGGAGCUGGGAGAAGUAAGGGAUAACCCCAAAUCAUUAAGAUGAGGUUGAGAAGAACACACAGGGGCGCAGGGUUUUAUGCUGGUAUUUAGACUGAAUGCAUAUAAAAAAGAGAUAUAAAAGGUAGGCCUGUCCAGAGGACUGCUCUGAGAAAGAACAGUUACUGCAGAAAGGUACCAGAUGUAAAUGUUUUAAUCCAUAUAUGUGGGACAAGAAAGGAUGGUGAUCCAUCAGAUCAGGCUGGUUUUAACUGUUCAGAGGGGUUACACUUUCAGUGGCAACCAGUCUAAGCUUGAACAUGGCAAGAUCUUAAUCUGGUUUUAAUGAGUUUUGUCACAUCAGCAUCCAGAGAUUCACACUUGCUGGGAAUCAGUCCUUAAGCCCUGAUAGGGGCUGUGUCUGUGAACAUCCCCAGUGCACCCAGAUACUUAUGGAUAGAGUGACUUUCAUACACUGUACAGGGAGAUAAGGAAAAACAGGCUUGUGAAGCUCAUUGGCUUCUCUACUAUGUGUCCAUUGAAUAUGAAGUACUUUUUAAUCCUCUGCUAACUCAUCUGUUACUUGCUGUAUUAAGACACAUGGCAGUAUUGGGAGCUGGUGACCAGACAGGAUGAUGAGAUCUGUGUGCUGGUAGCUGCCACAGUCUGCGCGGGCUCAGCUGAUGACUGGUAGAGUGAUCUAUUCAGAGCAUAACCAAAGAACCUCAAGAACCUCGCUAUCUGCAUCCUUGUGACCCUGUGGCUUGUCUGCAGCCUGUUUGUUACUAUCUGGGGUGGGCAAGGUGGGACCGUUUCCAAGCUGGAGAUGUGGCCCACGAAAGCUGCCUCCUUGGGCAGGCAGUGCCUGAAUGGAGAGCACCAAGUGCCCAUGGUGCUGCUUCCUGUGGUUGGUAUCCUCGAGAACACAUGAACAGCAGUGAGAUUUGCUUUUAUUUUAUGUGGCAGCCUCGUCUCUGGCAAGCUGCAUGGACCCUUGAGUUUACAUGACCCUGUCCACCCCAAAGCUCAGACUUGAGCAGGUAUUAAAUUGUUUUGCUGUGGUGGAUUAGCUGGUGUGAAAUCCUGACCCCUGUAAUAAAUAUACAGAUAAUAAUGUAUAAAAAGCAGGAAAAAAAAAAAAAAAGAACCAUUAUCUUGUGAAAUACACUUUUGUAAAUAAUAUUUAAUUUAAAAAAAUAAUAUAUUUGGUGCUGUUUUCUCAGAGUCCCUCCCUGAGAGCACUUUUCUGUUGUUUAUAAAUGAUACUGUUUCCUUCUGUAUUUGUUGGAAAAUAUGUUUAAAGGGAAACAAAAAAUCCUAAUACACGUUGUCCUCUGAAGUCGACCCAUUUUUCCUCUGGAGGUGGCAGGAGAGGGGAGCCAUUCCCGCUUCCAUCUGGCAGAACUGGUCUCCAGUGCAGGCAAUGGCUGGGUGAGGGCAGGAACUGAUGUGUGGGUUGGGAGGCAGCUGCAGGCGCCUGGGGGAUGCUCCGGUGUCUGCAGUUCUGUGCUGGAGCAGCUUCUGUCCUCUGACGGCCUGAGCCCUGGGUCACCUCGUGCUCUCACCGCAGGUGCCAGGGAGGCUCCGUCUGGGCACAGCUUGCUUGAGGAGGAGACCUGGUUUGAAUGGUCUGGGCCUGACAUUUUCUCUUGCACCAGUAUUGGCUGGAGUGAGUGGACCAACAGCACAAGCCACUGAACCGUGUUUUGCUGAGCAAGGAGCUGGUUUCAGUGCUGAGUGACUCUUGUUGCACGCUCCUCAGUUCUCUGGGUUUGGUGCACAUGAUUUCAGAAGACACAGGAAAAAAGAAAGCAACGAAAUCUGUUGUUCUUGUGAUGAUCAAGCAAGAACCUUCUCUGCCUGCGGGUUUCUAACUGGUGUGUGAGUGCUAAUCAUGCAUUUCACUGCACCUCCUUCUUUUGGGAGGAGCAUCAUGUUUCAUGUGAACCAGUUCUGGGAUGAAGAGAUGACACCCAAAACCCGGCUGGGUAAAGAGGUUGGUGAGAUCCAGAGCUCAGCUCAGUGGCAAGCAGCUCUUCUCAUCGGGUGAGAGGCUCAGAAAUGAAGUGUUCAGAAAGAACUGUUUUAGCUGGAGGUUUUGCAGGAUCCUGUUCAAAAAGAGGGGAAACAAAAUCAUCUCGAUUUCAGAAACAAGAAACCAAUAUAUUUAAACGCAAGCAGAAUGGCAUUGUGUAAGGUACAACCACAAAAAAGCUAUUCUCAUAGUUACGAACUGUGUGUAUCCUUUGGUUUGUUUUUCAUAAGGAAAUGGGAAUGCUUUCCCCACUGACAAAGCUAAAGGACAAUAUUUCCAAUACCAGCCUGUCUAUGGAUGCUCUUGUGUUUACAAAUUGUGUACAAUUUUAUUUCUUUGAUCUUCAUUUUUUUGGUUGGUUUUGGUUUUUUUUGCAUAUUCUUUCAGGUCAUUUGCUUCAGUAAUAAAUGCAACCGUUUGUUUUCAAAGAGUUGGGUUCCACCUUUUCAUGUGUUUGUACCUUGUACAUAGUUCUUCAGUAUUAGAGGGAGGCUAUUGUUUGUCAUAUUUACAAUAUGUGGUGGUGCUCAUUUGAGGAAAUAAAAUUUUCAAGUACUAAA